GGACGUGGGAGGCAAACAGCCUCGUCUGGCUAUCAGUUUUCACAGCCCCUUCCACUGGCCCAGUCGUCGACCAGCUCUUGAGUGACUGGUAGCGUGGUCGAUGAAGCGACCAGCUUCAGCGAACACGCGUGCCUGUGCUCGUGAUGAUAUCGAGGAGUAAGAAGAGGAGAGCGCUUCUAAGCUUCUGCCACGGGCUCUCCAGAGACAAGUUUGCUAAAUCCUGGUGGAGAGGCUUGAGAGUGCCGGGAGUCAACACCAGGCUUUGUUGGAGUGGUUGUCCCGGCUUGCUGGCCACCAGUCGAGGCUCAGCUCUCACACCGCCCGCACCUGUGCUCCACCAGUCGAGGUUCAGCUCUCACACCACCAGCACUUGCCUGUGCUCCACCAGUCGAGGUUCAGCUCUCACACCACCAGCACCUGUGCUCCACCACUCGAGGUUCAGCUUCCAGGCCACCAACACCUCUGCGCUCACUCCAUUUUUGUGCUCUCCUGGAAGCCUUAGUUGACCUUGCGUGUUUGUGGACAAACUAGCUGGUGUGAUUAUAACACGCUUUAAUUGAGUGUUGAACCAGUUUUGCCACACGUUAAUAGUGAGAAAAAACAGAGCAAUAAUUUGUGAUGCAUUCAACGUGUCGGUGUAACAAAAUUAUCCUCAGCCACACUUGUUUGAAAUAAGUGCUUUACAGUAUAUAUUUAUAAUACUCUGAAAAAUAAUUUGUUGCAAAAUGUCCAUAUUACUACAUAAUCCUUUUGGGUUAACUGCGGCGAGUGUAAUGUGUCCCAGUAAGUCAUUGUCCAGGGUGUGAGACCCUCAGGUCAAGAGUCUCGCAAACUCCAGUAGGACCUAAGCACACUCAUCUCUGGAGCCCUUAGGUCCCUGGGCGUGCUUGGUUAUAAUACACACCGCUGGAAAACACAGCUGCAUAGAGAAAGUUACAUGCAACGAGUGUGGAGAAGUUCAAGUGUUUCCCCUCUAACUAGUCGACAAAAUGUAAAGAAUGAAACUCAGCCAUUGUAACUUUGAGAAUGUAGUGGGUGAGUGGUUUCACAAGUUUGGGAGGUGCCCGGAAAACCUGUGGGGGCGUGAGGAAAACUUGGAGACCAAUGGCCGCAGCACCUAUAACACUAUGAGUAAUUACUCGAAACCCUGGGAAGACGAGAAAUACGAAAUGCAUAACACUGGGAUCUGUAGCAUUCAGAAAAUAUCUGUACUAUGUGGUAGUGAUACUUGUGAAACAAGUGUAUAGCUACCAUGAAACAACUUAAGCAAAUGAAACUAUAAUAGUAUGUAGAAGUGCCAAGUGUAAAGCAGGUGUGUAGCUACAUUGCGACAACAUGGCAACACUUGUCUUGUCAAUGUUCAUUCUACCUGAGGAGGUCAUGUGAUAUGUGCAAUGAUACUGGCUCCAAGUCUUUGUUAACAGUGGUUUUACUAUCAUCAUACUGUUGCAGUAAUGGUCCUGUAAACUGUUCAUUAUGUUUCAUUGCAGUUAUAACACACAAGAGGCAGGAGAUUCUCCUAUAAAUGAACGUUUGUAAGUCAUUCAAAUAGACGCUUAUACGAUCUACAGACAGUGAGGUGCUGGUGCACAGGCCGGAGGCGGCUGCAAGAAUUUGCUUACAUUAUUUCCUAUGCUCUUCACCACGAAUGUUUGAGUCUGGAUCUCGUCGAUUUCAGCGACAUCUAUCUGAGCUCCCUUAAGACUCAUCAUCGACGUCAGUAACCCGAGAUGAUGAUGAUGAUGAUGAUGACUGAUGCUCCCGGCGAGGGUGGUGCUUCACAACAUCUGCCAACAUAUUUUCUACUUAGUCGAAACUUUGCAAAAGAUUAUCAAUUAAUCAUUUACAUAAUGCGACAAGGCUUUUGAAUUAGAAUAAUCAUCAGUGUGAGAUUAUUGCACUUUAUAUUUUUAAAGUUUUAGUUAUGUGUAAAAUAAAAUGGUGAAUCAAUGACAGUAACUUAAACUUUGUUUUCAGCUAUGUUUUAAACAGUUUUAAAUUCACAUCUUGGUACAGUUUUCUUUAUCAAGUGGUGCAGUAGCUAAGGUACUCUGAAAAUCCAGAGCCACAGAAGAGUUACGUAUAGUGAGUUGACGUGUACUUUAGUGGAAAAAAAGGUCAGCAUACAUUAAAUGAAUGGAUCAAAGCAUUGAAAUUUAUGCUGAUUGUCUGAAUCUUGAUACCUGGGUUAAAAUUGUCAUAUUAAAAAGUUCGAAAUAAUCAUUACACUAAUUAAUACGAGCUAAUCAGUUACCAUCAACUGGAUAACAGUGUCUGAGAAUAUGUUCUGAGUAGACUUUGUUCUUAUAGCUUAAUGUCUGGUGGCGAGAUGGUUCCUUCUGGGUCACCGCUGUCCAAGAGGCGUAUUGGCCCAUGUCCUCCACCCUUCACUAUUAGCGGAGCCCCAGAAAUGACCCGCUCAUGUGCGUCCAUGGACGUCCUCUGUAGCCCCAACACCAUCGACUCCUUUCUCAUUGAGCCGUCUCCGUUCACAUUGACUCACACCAGAAGUUGGGGUGACCUAAUAGGUAAUCCCAAGGAUUCUUCACACACAGGAGAUGGUCUGUGUUCGAGGUACUUUCUGAUAGAUAAGUCUUUUCACAGCGAGACCAGUGAGAGUGAGGACAACAGCGAGGUGUCGAGGAAUGCUUCUACUGAGAAAGACGAAGACAAGCACAGCAGUGAAAGCGCCAUAUCCAGCUACUUCACACUUCCUCAGCAUAUUGAGUCCAGUGCAGAGCUUCAGUCCAAUGUUGUCAAAUACGAAGUUCCGAUGGAAACUGUUGAGUUGGGUCUUAUAUCUGAUCAACCGAACGUUCAUCUGACAAAGAACCAAAACACGUCAAACUAUGGAACAAUUUCAGGUCUAGUUCUCGGACCAAAAGCACCACCAAAUGGCUUGAAGUUUGAUAAGAAUAUAUCAAAUCCAUUCCUUAACUCGAUGAUGCGCCAAGGCUCUAUACCUUUCCUCGUGCCACAGAACUUGGCCUCACCUCAGUGGGCACUGGCUCCCCAGAACAAACAUUCUUCAAGACAUAGCCUUAACAUCAACGGCACGAAGGCCUCUUUGACACCAAACACCUUAUAUGACCCCCGUGGAUUUAUGGGCUUCAAGAACCAGAGAGGUUCCCUCCAGGGAUUAUCCCAUUUAAAGGUUCCAGGAGCUCCCAGAAGUCAGGAUAGCAGAAAAGGGUCUUUUCUCUCCAUCCUGAAUGCAUCUCUCUUGGACAGGAUUUCUGUGGCCUCUCGCAAAUCUUCGUUAUAUGACGAAACAAAAUCUCUUUCAAGAUCGGAAGAAGUAAAGCAUAAGAUCAUUCAAAAUUUCAAGGUACUGUCCCUGGGUGCUGACGUACUGCCAGAAUACAAACUACAAUCUCCGCGGAUACACAAGUGGACUAUACUUCACUACUCCCCGUUCAAGGCGGUGUGGGACUGGAUCAUCCUCUUGUUGGUGAUCUACACAGCCAUCUUCACUCCCUACGUUGCCGCCUUCCUCCUCAACGAACAGGAAGCAGCCAGGAAGAGCAAUCAAAACCAAUACGACAGUCCCAUUGUUAUCAUAGACCUUAUAGUUGACAUAAUGUUCAUGGUUGACAUUGUCAUCAACUUUCGCACCACCUAUGUCAACCAUAAUGAUGAGGUAGUGUCACACCCAGGCAAGAUAGCUCUCCAUUACCUUCGUGGGUGGUUCCUCAUUGAUGUCGUUGCAGCUAUUCCCUUCGAUUUACUCCUUGUCACAGACUCUGAGCCUCACACUACUCCUACUACAGCAGAAAGAGAUUUAGAGCAGGAGGCAGAUGAUGAAAAGACGACGACGCUCAUUGGGCUCCUGAAGACUGCAAGGCUCCUGCGGCUAGUCAGGGUUGCUAGGAAGAUAGAUAGGUAUUCAGAAUAUGGUGCAGCCGUCCUUCUCCUACUUAUGGCCACUUUUGCUCUCAUCGCUCAUUGGCUCGCAUGUAUAUGGUAUGCCAUUGGAAAUGCUGAGCGGCCAGGUCUGCCCCACAAGAUUGGCUGGCUGGACCACCUAGCUAAUGCCACUCGUCAGUACUAUUAUAGCAACAGUACAGGUGGCCCAACGUUAAGGGCGAAGUAUGUGACAGCACUGUACUUCACCUUCAGUAGUCUCACAUCGGUGGGCUUCGGCAACGUGGCGCCUAAUACAGAUGUUGAGAAGAUAUUCACCAUAUUGGUUAUGCUCAUCGGCUCACUCAUGUAUGCCAGUAUCUUUGGAAAUGUCUCGGCAAUCAUUCAGCGAUUAUAUGCAGGGACAGCACGAUAUCAUACACAGUUCAUGAGAGUCAAAGAAUUCAUUAGAUUUCACCAGAUUCCUAACCCUCUUAGACAACGGCUAGAAGAAUACUUCCAGCACGCCUGGACCUACACAAACGGCAUCGACAUGAAUAUGGUGUUGAAGGGCUUCCCAGAUUGCCUGCAGGCAGACAUCUGUCUCCACCUCAACCGACACCUUGUCGAGUCUUGUCCCGCUUUUGAAGGUGCCAGUCCGGGAUGCUUACGAGCACUAAGUAUGAAGUUCAAAACCACACAUGCUCCGCCCGGCGACACAUUGGUACAUAGAGGUGAUGUCCUAACCUCCAUGUACUUCAUCUCUAGAGGCUCCCUGGAAAUCCUCAAAGAUGAUGUUGUGAUGGCAAUUUUAGGUAAAGAUGACAUAUUUGGGGAGAAUCCAUGCAUCUACCCAACCAUAGGAAAAUCAUCAUGUAAUGUACGUGCUCUCACUUAUUGUGACCUGCACCGCAUUAUGAGGGAUGAUAUCCUUGAUGUCCUCGAUCUUUAUCCAGAGUUUGCAGAAGAGUUCUCUCGAAACCUAGAGAUAACCUUCAACCUGAGAGAUGAAGAAGUAGCAGGUGUAGACCCAGCUCUUCUUUGGAGAAGACCAUGCAGCAAUUUUGAGAGAAGUAAUUCACAAGACACAGAUGAUAUCAGAAAAAUUGCCUUCAGACCUCCACGGCAACGUCGCCGACAGUUCACUAGACGUGCCUCUAGUGGCGAGGAGAGUGACUCAGAGGACAAACACUUAGUUUCAAGAAGUGGUGGUCAAGAGUUUUCGCCAGAUAAGACACGGCAAGAUGCUACAUCUCAUAACCUGAAUUUUGAACAUAAACACAGAUCUGGAACUCUUAAUUCCAUAACAGCAGCUGGGUCAACGGAUGUAUCCCCAGGUUAUGGGGUCCUUACCCAGCUCAAACGUAGCUUUACUGACCUCCGCCUGCAUAGAGUGGAGGGUAAGGUCCAUAGAUCGGAGAGUAGAUCGGGAGCCCUCUCAAGUAUGACCUCGGCGUUGGGUGUUGGAGGACGAGAAUCAAGGUCAGCGUCCAGAUGUUCCUCUCCGGGGCCCCACGGAAAAGAGGAUGCCCCACUCCUCACAAAUGCCGCCCCUAUUGCAGGUAGUGCCAGUCCCGAGCGACGACUCCAUGCCCGUCACUCCAGUCUGACCUUACCCGUCGAGAGUCAGCCUAGUACUGGCCACACCCAGGCCCGGGAGGUCACAGAGGUCAACUUGCGCCUCGAUGCCCUCACCAGGUAGUGGCUACUCAUUGUGGAGGCUUUUCUGCAUUUGUUAUAGAUUUUUCUUAGUGAUUCCUUUUAAUUGAGUCAAAUUUAAGAUUUGAUAUUUCCUUUUAAUUUGCUUGCUUUCUUUGUGGGUAAUGCACUUCCUUUAGUAAUAUUGCUAGCUUCCUACAACCUCAUUUCAUGCCCUUUUGACCUAGAAUUCAUAUUUUUUUCACCAGCACAAAACAUAUUUUACAUUUUAAUCCUGCAGUAAAAAGUGAAAAUUAGUAAUAUCUGUG